AAUAAAGGGGGGACGAUUGUUGAUAAAAAUGAUAAACAUUUCAGUUUCGGAAUUCAUGAUACUAUGUAGCAGUGUCCUCCUUAUUUUUUUACUACUGACCGAGGUCCUAGAUUGGACCCAAUUAUUUCCCUGGGCGGAAGAAUGCAAUUUUCCACGGUACACGUUCGGUUACGCGGACCGCAACGGACCCCACAUGUGGAAACUGUUGUAUCCUGACAGUAAUGGUGGCAAUCAGUCGCCUAUCAACGUCACAACGCAACUCGCCAUUGUGGUGCAACCGUCCGAACCUCUUCGAUGGAGCGGCUAUGACAAAGGACCAUUAUCGAUGACUAUAACCAAUAAUGAAAAUAACGUGGUACUGAACACGAUGUGGAACAGCUCGAGUCGACCGUACAUCCAAGGUGGAUGUUUGACCAACGUUUACGACAUCUGCUCCAUGGUCUUUCACUGGGGCCACUCGAACGAGGAAGGUAGCGAGCAUACUUUCGAUUAUGUUCGAUUUCCUAUGGAGCUACAAGUGUGGCACAUAAAACGUGGCUUCAACUCGUUGUUGGACGCGAUCACGGCUAAAGAAAACGACGGCAUAUUGAUCGUGUCGUUCUUCUUUCAGAUUACGAACGCAGACAAUCCUUAUUUGGACCACAUCGUGACAAAUCUGUGGCGGAUUAUUCAACCUGGAACAAAGGUGCACAUUCCUCCUUUCCCACUGUUAUGGAUUUUUCCAACUUUCGAAAGGGAUUAUUACACGUACAAUGGCUCUUUUACCCAACCACCGUGCAGUGAAAUCGUCACGUGGAUAUUGCAACCUGAACCGAUUGCCAUAUCGUCGUCUCAAGUUGCUCAAUUUCGAAAAAUCUGCUCACCAGACGGCCCCAUUUUGUUCAACUGUAGGCCCGUUCAACAAGUGAACGAACGUAGCGUUUAUUUUUACGCAUAGCGCACAUAUAUAUAUAUAUAUUCGUUAAGUAGUAAGCUUUUAAAUUUUACGCGUUUUACGUGCGUGAAUAUGUAGAAUCGAAAUGUGUGAUCGAUUCCGUCUUGCAUCGAAACAUUUUUUUUUUUAAACUUGUAAUCCAUACGUGUAAAGUGAUUUUUUUUUUUUUUUAAUUAAAAAUUAAU